CCGGAUGUAACUUACGAGUUACUUCCCAUCCCGGAAAUAUUGCCAUAGUGAUAAAAUUAUCAUCUAAAUAUGUAAAUUUAAAGUCUUUGCAAGUUUCUGAUUAACUACUACUUUAAAACAUGAGCCUCACGACAAGUUCAGCAACAUCUGGAGAAAAUGUUCCGCCUACUCCAGCAGAUGUACCACCACCAAAAGCUUCAACUGAAGCAGUUAACUUUCUAGAGAGUCUUGUGCCAGAGGAUGAUUUCAAAUAUUUGAUGUUUGAGGACCAUUUGGUGACGACAUCAGACACAGGGAAAGAACUUGGAGAAUUUGCUGUGUCGAUUGAACCUACAAAACACAAGGGACAGGAAUGUUUUCUGGUACAUGCAAACAGUCAUGGAGCUAUAGAUGGGGUACCGUGUGGUACAUCUAUCACAGCUUAUGUAGGAGAUAAUCUAGAGACUCUGGAACAACAACAUCAUGAAUAUGUGAAGCUUGAAAAUUGUCCUCUGGAUAGAAAAACAUUCAUAGUUAAACAGGAGGAUGAUUUUGUGAUAAACAGAGUAAUCACACAAGGGGAGGAUAUUCAAAGGUCAUCAAAGACAGUAAACCAAGAGGUGAUGAAAGGAUUUGUCUCAGAGGGUUCCAAUCUUUUACUACACAGAGUGUUCAUUGAGAAAGGAAUUCCAGAGAAUUUACAGCUGAUUUCAUUUGACUCAGAUACAAACUUAUGUCCUGCCAUAUAUAGAAGAUUAGAGGAGAGAACACAGACAGUGGACAAAACAGAGCUGAAAGUGUUUGGUGUCGAGAGAACUAUCAACUCAACCGUAGAUCUCCCAACAACAUGGCAGUCUUAUUUUAUGAAAGAUGGACACCUAACAAACAGAGUACAAGUUGGGUCUCCUGUUACUAUGAAACUUGCAUUUGUUCCUCCAUACAUCAUCAGAGAUGAAGAGCCACCAAAGCCAACAUUUGAGAAACAGCCAUUAAGAUGGGAGGACGAUGCUCAACUCUACUCUCAGUUUCUUGAUAGAAAGGAGGAGUUGAAAGCUGAUCAUGCCAAAUACAUGCGUCAUCAUCCCGAACUAAAAGCACUGCUGGCCGACUUCAUGCAAUUCCUGUUGCUACGGAAACCUGACGAUGUCAUCGCAUUUGCUGCUGAAUAUUUUGCGGCAUUCUCCACAACAAUGCCGUCACCUUCACCUUACCUUGCGUCAAGUAGCGUCACACCUUUCCCAAAUAGCAGAACUAAUACAAAAAUAGAACAGCUACGAGCUCCAACACGAUAAAAUUUAAACAGAACAAUUUACAAUGCAGAAAUUUACAGCUGGUUAUCGUAUUACUGCUGGAAGAAAAAGAAGAAAACAGUUUAUAAAUAAAAAUUGAAAAUAUUCUUUGUAUACUUUAAAUAUAAAAAGAUAUUUAAAUUUCUGUACAGUGGUUGUAAAAUACCAAGAUAUGUAUAUCACUCUGUACACUUGUGAAGCAAAAUCGGAGUCAGUGCAAAAGCUUUGAUUGGUUAUUGUUAUCUUUCUUGAAAAGUUGUUAGAAACAAAAAUGUGAUAUUUGGAUACAGAAUUGUAGGAUAGGUUAUGUAAGCUUCCUAAUAAACAGUCUGGUUUAAGGUAUAUUAUCAGAGAAUAUAACAUGAUAAAACAGAGUCAAUGUAAAUUGUGGAUAUUACCUUGUUCUGUGUUAGGUAUAUAUGCAUGUUUGUAUUGUUUUGUCAUGCCUGUUUUACAAUGUGAAAAAGGAAUCUUCAGAAGUAUAUACAGUGUACAAAAGGCCACCUUUAAACUGUAAAGACUACUAAUGUCAGUUCUGAUUUGUACUUCAUUCUGUCAAUAAAUACAGUGGGACUCUUUCUGGGAGAAUAACCUCGAGACCAAAGGAAAAUUAAGUUUAGUUUUGAGACACUUCUGGUUUAGAGGGUUUCGUUUCAAUUGAAGGAACUUAGACCAUUGUUCAGCUUAUAGGGGUUUCCAGUUUUGAUGGUUCUGGUUAAGAGGUGCACCACUUACAUUAAGGCUUUCUCAAAGAUGGUCUUAAUACACAGCUUUUACUGAACAGCAAAGACUCUCUAUAGCCUGCAGAGUAAUUCAAGUUCAGAGUCCACGGUUAUCAAACUGAAUUUUAUAACCAGUCUUGAAACACCAGCAUCUUAAUGGCCGUUUCCAUGUUGUUUCGAAACUGACCAAUGGCAGUGUUGCAUUUUGAGACUGGUCACCAAACUCAAGUUUAGAAUCUUGGAGGUAGUUAUAGGUUACAGAAUUUAUUUGUUAUUUAAACGUGUAUGUUCAUAGGUGAUGCAAACUGAUCUGCCAUGAUUGUCAUGUUGUAUGUUUAUUUGAUGUAUACUUUAUUCAGGAAAUAAGGUCUUGAUUUUCCACCAUUUAUUUAAAGAGGUCUGCUCUUGUAUUAAUUAAUGUUUAGUUAAAUGUUCAGGACAAAAUACAUAUAUCAGUUAUAAAGUAUCUGAAACGAAAAAUAUUUAAGUCCAAUUUUAAUUCUAUUUUAAACUAGCUUCCAUCUUCUGUAGGAAGUUAAAUACUAGUACUAUAUAAAGCCUAAAUAGCAGAAAUUGUGUUAAAUAUAACAAGAACAGCAGUGUGCACAAGUAUUGAAAUGUCAAGAAGUGGUCCACAUAACUGAGCAAUUUUUGACAUCAAGGCAGUUUGCAUCACCUAUACUUCUUAUGUUGAUAUACAAAUGUGAUCUGAUUUUUUCCCUCCUUAGAAAGGUUGUAUUAUAUCACUGGAUUAUCUAACUGAAGUUUUGUGUUAUAUUUAUAUGAUGGUUAAAUAAAUGAAUUACAAAAAAAG